ACUUCUAGUUUUUAAGUGAGGAGGGUAAGGUGUCAGGUGCCAUCUAAGUGUCAGCUUGAAACAUUCAUUGAAAAACUGCUGUGAAUAGAACAAUAUUGCCACACAGUUGGCCUUGGGACUGCACUGGGGAACCAGAAACAGUGAGGAUGGAUCCUCUCGUGUUCUUUCUCCUACUAGCAGGACUUGUGGGAACAGCAUCAGCAACCACCAACAUGACAACAGUUAACACAACCUUAUCACCAGUCAAUGAAACGUCACCGCCAGUGAACAUCUCUCCAUCUCCAAUCACUACAAUCUCACCACAAGACAAUGAAACAUCACCACCAAUCAACAUGACCUCACAACUGCCCAACAUUACCUCAUCACCAGUCAAUGCAACGGCAUCGCCAGUCCACAUGACCUCACCACUAGAAACAACACUGUCAUUGCCAGGUAACGCAAGCUCUCCCCCAGUGAAUGGAACAUCAGCACCACCAAGAAUCACAACUAUUGGCACUCCAGCUACAACCACAACAGCUGCCCCACCACCUGAGCCAAAAAUUAAGCUGGAAUUCAAGUUGCAGAAAACUUUUACACCUGAGCUUGCAAACAAAUCUUCACCUGAGUUCAACAGCUUAAAAGAGAGUGUAACCACCACACUCAACACAGUCUAUUCACAGCAAUAUGGACCCAGCUUCAAUCGAACUGUCAUCAACGGCUUCAGUCAAGGAUCUGUUGUGGUAGAUGCUGAGUUGAUAUUCAAUAACGCAACUACACUACCAAAUGGCAAUUCUGCAGCUCAAACUUUGCAGACCGCUGCUUCCAACCCAAAUUUUACCCUCUCUGUUAACACGUCAUCUAUUACUGCAGCAGUUGUGUUGGCACCAACUGAAGCCCCAGUCACAGCUGCACCUCCAACACUGAUGAAUACAACUCUUUCACCAGAAAACAUGACCUCCCCACCACACAAUGCAAUGCCAUCACCAAUCAACAUGACCUUGCCACCACUCAACGCCACGUCAUCACCAGACAACAUGACUUCACCUCCAGCCAAUAUGACCUCACCACCACUGAAUGCAACACCACCACCAAUCAACAUGACAUCCCCACCACUCAACGCCACGUCACCACCAGACAACAUGACCUCCCCACCACACAAUGCGAUGCCAUCACCAAUCAACAUGACCUUUCCACCACUCAACGCAACAUCACCACCAGGUAAUAUGACCUUACCACCACUUAACGCAACCUCACCAGCACUCAACGCCACAUCACCACCAAUCAACAUGACUUCACCUCCAGCCAAUAUGACCUCACCACCACUGAACGCAACACCACCACCAAUCAACAUGACAUCCCCACCACUCAACGCCACGUCAACACCAGACAACAUGACCUCCCCACCACACAAUGCAAUGCCAUCACCAAGUAAUGUGACCUCACCACCACUCAACACAACAUCAGCAUCAGGUAACAUGACCUCACCACCACUUAACACAACCUCACCAGCACUCAACGCUGCAUCACCACCAAUCAACAUGACUUCACCUCCAGCCAAUAUGACCUCACCACCACUGAACGCAAUACCACCACCAAUCAACAUGACAUCCCCACCACUCAACGCCACGUCAACACCAGACAACAUGACCUCGCCACCACUCAAUGUAACAUCACCACCGGUCACCAUGACCUCACCACCACUCAACAUGACCUCCCCACCACUCAACACCACAUCACCACCUGUCAACAUGACCUCACCACCACUCAAUACAACGUCACCACCAGUAAACCCAACCUCUCCACCAGUCAACAUGACGUCUCCUCCAGCCAAUAUGACCUCACCUGCAGUCAGUACAACCUCACCACUUCUGGUCACCACAAUGCCAUUGCAAAUUAAUGCAAGCUCUCCCCCUGUGAAUGGAACAUCAGCACCACCAAGAAUCACAACUAUUGGCACUCCAGCUACAACCACAACAGCUGCCCCACCACCUGAGCCAAAAAUUAAGCUGGAAUUCAAGUUGCAGAAAACUUUUACACCUGAGCUUGCAAACAAAUCUUCACCUGAGUUCAACAGCUUAAAAGAGAGUGUAACCACCACACUCAACACAGUCUAUUCACAACAAUAUGGACCAAGCUUCAAUCGAACUGUCAUCAACGGCUUCAGUCAAGGAUCCGUUGUGGUAGAUGCUGAGCUGAUAUUCAAUAACGCAACUACACUACCAAAUGGCAAUUCUGCAGCUCAAACUUUGCAGACCGCUGCUUCCAACCCAAAUUUUACCCUCUCUGUUAACACGUCAUCUAUUACUGCAACAGUUGUGUUGACACCAACUGAAGCCCCAGCCACAGCUGCACCUUCAACACUGAUGAAUACAACUCUUUCACCAGAAAACGUGACUGCACCACCACUCAACGCAACACCACCAAUCAACAUGACAUCCCCACCACUCAAUGCCAUGUCACCACCAGUGAACAUGACCUCACCACCACUAAAUGUAACAUCACCACCAGGUAACAUGACUUCACCGCCACUUAACGCAACCUCACCAGCACUCAACGCCACAUCACCACCUGUCAACAUGACUUCACCUCCAGCCAAUAUGACCUCACCACCACUGAACGCAACACCACCACCAAUCAACAUGACAUCCCCACCACUCAACGCCACAUCACCACCAGUCAACAUGACUUCACCUCCAGUCAAUAUGACAUUACCACCACUGAACGCGACACCACCACCAAUCAACAUGACAUCCCCACCACUCAACGCCACAUCACCACCAGUCAACGUGACUUCACCUCCAGCUAAUAUGACCUCACCACCACCAAUCAACAUGACAUCCCCACCACUCAACGCCACAUCACCACCAGUCAACAUGACUUCACCUCCAGCCAAUAUGACCUCACCACCACUGAACGUAACACCACCACCAAUCAACAUGACAUCCCCACCACUCAACGCCACAUCACCAACAGUAAACCCAUCCUCUCCACCAGUCAACACAAGUUCACCUCCAGCCAAUAUGACCUCACCUGCAGUCAAUGCAACCUCACCGCUUCCGGUCACCACAAUGCCAUUGCAAAGUAACGCAAGCUUUCCCCCUGUGAAUGGAACAUCAGCGCCACCAAGAAUCACAACUAUUGGCACUCCAGCUACAACCACAACAGCUGCCCCACCAUCUGAGCCAAAAAUUAAGCUGGAAUUCAAGUUGCAGAAAACUUUUACACCUGAGCUUGCAAACAAAUCUUCACCUGAGUUCAACAGCUUAAAAGAGAGUGUAGCCACAGUGCUCAAUACAGUCUAUUCACAACAAUAUGGACCCAGCUUCAAUCGAACUGUCAUCAACGGCUUCAGUCAAGGAUCUGUUGUGGUAGAUGCUGAGCUGAUAUUCAAUAACGCAACUACACUACCAAAUGGCAAUUCUGCAGCUCAAACUUUGCAGACCGCUGCUUCCAACCCAAAUUUUACCCUCUCUGUUAACACGUCAUCUAUUACUGCAACAGUUGUGUUGGCACCAACUGAAGCCCCAGCCACAGCUGCACCUCCAACACUGAUAAAUACAACUCCUUCACCAGUCAAUGCAACGUCGCUACCCAUGAACAUGACCUUUCCUGCAGUCAGUGCAACUACACCGCUACUCAAUGCCACAUCACCACCAGUCAGCAUGACCUCACCACCACUGAACGCCACACCACCACCAAUCAACAUGACAUCCCCACCACUCAACAUCACGUCACCACCAGGUAACAUGACCUCACCACCACUCAAUGUACCAUCACCACCAAUCAACAUGACAUCCCCACCACUCAACGUCACAUCACCACCAGUCAACAUGACCUCACCACCACUCAAUGUAACAUCACCACCGGUCACCAUGAUAUCACCACCGCUGAACGCAACACCACCACCAAUCAACAUGACAUCCCCACCACUCAACACUAUGUCACCACCAGGUAACAUGACCUCACCACCACUCAAUGUAACAUCACCACCAGUCACCAUGACAUCACCACCACUGAACGCAACACCACCACCAAUCAACAUGACCUCCCCACCACUCAACGCCACGUCACCACCAGUCAACAUGACCUCACCACCACUCAAUGUAACAUCACCACUGGUCACUAUGACAUCACCACCACUGAACGCAACACCACCACCAAUCAACAUGACAUCCCCACCACUCAACGCCACGUCACCACCAGGUAACAUGACCUCACCACCACUCAAUGUAACAUCACCACCAGUCACCAUGACAUCACCACCACUGAACACAACACCACCACCAAUCAACAUGACAUCCCCACCACUCAACGCCACGUCACCACCAGUCAACAUGACCUCACCACCACUCAAUGUAACAUCACCACUGGUCACUAUGACAUCACCAUCACUGAACACAACACCACCACCAAUCAACAUGACAUCCCCACCACUCAACGCCACGUCACCACAAAUCAACAUGACCUCACCACCACUCAAUGUAACAUCACCACCGGUCACUAUGACAUCACCACCACUGAACGCAACACCACCACCAGUCAACAUGACAUCACCACCACUCAACGCCACAUCACCACCAGUCAACAUUACCUCACCUACAGUCAAUUCAACCUCACCACCAAACAACAUCACAUCACCACCACUCAACAUGACCUCACCACCACUCAACAUGACCUCACCACCACUCAACACAACGUCACCACCAGUAAACCCAACCUCUCCACCAGUCAACAUGACGUCUCCUCCAGCCAAUAUGACCUCACCUGCAGUCAGUACAACCUCACCACUUCUGGUCACCACAAUGCCAUUGCAAAGUAAUGCAAGCUCUCCUCUUGUGAUUGGAACAUCAUCACCACCAAGAAUCACAACUAUUGGCACUCCAGCUACAACCACAACAGCUGCCCCACCACCUGAGCCAAAAAUUAAGCUGGGAUUCAAGUUGCAGCAAACUUUUACACCUGAGCUUACAAACAAAUCUUCACCUGAGUUCAACAGCUUAAAAGAGAGUGUAACCACUACACUCAAUGCAGUCUAUUCACAACAAUAUGGACCCAGCUUCAAUCGAACUGUCAUCAACGGCUUCAGUCAAGGAUCCGUUGUGGUAGAUGCUGAGCUGAUAUUCAACAACGCAACUACACUACCAAAUGGCAGUUCUGCAGCUCAGACUUUGCAGACCGCUGCUUCCAACCCAAAUUUCACCCUCUCUGUUAACACGUCAUCUAUUACUGCAACUGUUGUGUUGGCACCAACUGAAGCCCCAGCCACAGCUGCACCUCCAACACUGAUAAAUACAACUCCUUCACCAGUCAAUGCAACGUCGCUACCCAUGAACAUGACCUUUCCUGCAGUCAGUGCAACUACACCGCUACUCAAUGUAACAUCACCACCAGUCAGCAUGACAUCACCACCACUGAACGCCACACCACCACCAAUCAACAUGACAUCCCCACCACUCAACAUCACGUCACCACCAGUAAACCCAACCUCUCCACCAGUCAACAUGACGUCUCCUCCAGCCAAUAUGACCUCACCUGCAGUCAACGCAACCUCACCACUUCCGUUCACCACAAUGCCAUUGCCAAGUAACGCAAGCUCUCCUCCUGUGAUUGGAACAUCAGCACCACCAAGAAUCACAACUAUUGGCACUCCAGCUACAACCACAACAGCUGCCCCACCAUCUGAGCCAAAAAUUAAGCUGGGAUUCAAGUUGCAGCAAACUUUUACACCUCAGCUUACAAACAAAUCUUCACCUGAGUUCAACAGCUUAAAAGAGAGUGUAACCACCACACUCAACGCGGUCUACUCAAAACAAUAUGGACGAAGCUUCAAUCGAACUAUCAUCAACGGUUUCAGUCAAGGAUCCGUUGUGGUAGAUGCUGAGCUGAUAUUCAACAACGCAACUACACUACCAAAUGGCAGUUCUGCAGCUCAAACUUUGGAGACAGCUGCUUCCAACCCAAAUUUUACCCUCUCUAUUAACACGUCAUCUAUUACUGCAACAGUUGUCCUUGCACCAACUGAAGCCCCAGCCACGGCUGCACCUUCAACACUGAUAAAUACAACUCCCUCACCAGUCAAUGCAACCUCACCACCAAUCAACAUAACCUCACCACCACUCAAUGCUACAUCACCACCAGUCAACAUGACCUCACCAUCAAUGAACAUGACCUUACCUGCAGUCAAUACAACCUCACCGCCACUCAACACCACAUCACCACCAGUCAGUUCAUCCUCACCACCAAACAAUGCCACAUCACCACCACUCAAAAUGACCUCUGUAGCACUCAAUGCAACAUCACCAUCACUCGACAUGACCGCACCAACACUCAAUGUAAUAUCACCACCUGUCACCAUGACCUUACCUGCAGUCAAUUCAACCUCACCACCAAACAACGGCACAUCACCACCAGUCAACAUAACCUCGCCACCACUCAACGCAACAUCACCACCACUCAACAUGACCUCACCACCGCUCAACGCAACAUCACAGCCACUCAACAUGACCUCACCACCGCUCAACACCACAUCACCACCUGUCCACAUGACCUCACCACCACUCAACACAACGUCACCACCACUCAACAUGACCUCUCCUCCAGUGACCAUGACUUCUUCUCCAGCCAAUAUAACCCCACCUGCAGUCAAUGCAACCUCACCACUUCCAGUCACCACAAUGCCAUUGCCAAUUAUCAUGACCUCACCAACAGUUAACAUGACCUCCCCAGCACUCAACGCAACAUCACCACCGACGACUUCACCCACCACUGCUCCAACUGCUGCCCCUAAUGCUACAGUUGGCCCAACUGCAGUUCAGAAUAUUACAGUUCCUCCAACUGCAGCUACUAAUGCAACAUCUGCCCCUCCAACUGUGGCCCCUAAUGCAACAGCUGCCCCUCCAACUGUGGCCCCUAAUGCAACAGCUGCCCCAACUACUGUGGCCCCUAAUGCAACAGCUGCCCCUCCAACUGUGGCCCCUAAUGCAACAGCUGCCCCAACUACUGUGGCCCCUAAUGCAACAGCUGCCCCUACUACUGUGGCACCUAAUGCAACAGCUGCCCCUACUACUGCUCCUCCUGUAACAGCUGCCACUACAGCUGCAUCCUCUCCUGCACCAACAACUUCAGCCACCACUGCAUCAACAGAUCCUCCUACAGCCAAUGAGGGAACCCUUGGUCUUCAGUUUAGUCUCAGCCAAACAUUUACAGCUGAUCUCUCCAACCCAUCGUCAGCUGCAUUUAAGGCUUUAGCAGCAAUAGUGGUCAGAGAGAUAAACAAAGUGGGUAGAAGGCUGUAUGGAUCAUCUUUCCUUCGCUCCAUUGUUAACUCAUUCAGGAGUGGAUCAGUGAUCACCAACAUGACUCUUGUGUUCCAAGAUAAAAACUCAGUUCCUCCUGCAAGCAAUGCAACUUCACAAUUCAGCAGUGAACUUACGAACAACUCCACUGCCCUGGACAUUACACCAGGCAGCAUUUCUGCAUCUGCUGUCAAUGCUUCAACUGCUCCAACUGCUGCCCCUAAUGCUACAGUUGGCCCAACUGCAGUUCAGAAUAUUACAGUUCCUCCAACUGCAGCUACUAAUGCAACAUCUGCCCCUCCAACUGUGGCCCCUAAUGCAACAGCUGCCCCUCCAACUGUGGCCCCUAAUGCAACAGCUGCCCCAACUACUGUGGCCCCUAAUGCAACAGUUGCCCCUCCAACUGUGGCCCCUAAUGCAACAGCUGCCCCAACUACUGUGGCCCCUAAUGCAACAGCUGCCCCUACUACUGUGGCCCCUAAUGCAACAGCUGCCCCUACUACUGCUCCUCCUGCAACAGCUGCCACUACAGCUGCAUCCUCUCCUGCACCAACAACUUCAGCCACCACUGCAUCAACAGAUCCUCCUACAGCCAAUGAGGGAACCCUUGGUCUUCAGUUUAGUCUCAACCAAACAUUUACAGCUGAUCUCUCCAACCCAUCGUCAGCUGCAUUUAAGGCUUUAGCAGCAAUAGUGGUCAGAGAGAUAAACAAAGUGGGUAGAAGGCUGUAUGGAUCAUCUUUCCUUCGCUCCAUUGUUAACUCAUUCAGGAGUGGAUCAGUGAUCACCAACAUGACUCUUGUGUUCCAAGAUAAAAACUCAGUUCCUCCUGCAAGCAAUGCAACUUCACAAUUCAGCAGUGAACUUACGAACAACUCCACUGCCCUGGACAUUACACCAGGCAGCAUUUCUGCAUCUGCUGUCAAUGCUUCAACUGCUCCAACUGCUGCCCCUAAUGCUACAGUUGGCCCAACUGCAGUUCAGAAUAUUACAGUUCCUCCAACUGCAGCUACUAAUGCAACAUCUGCCCCUCCAACUGUGGCCCCUAAUGCAACAGCUGCUCCUCCAACUGUGGCCCCUAAUGCAACAGCUGCUCCUCCAACUGUGGCCCCUAAUGCAACAGCUGCCCCUCCAACUGUGGCCCCUAAUGCAACAGCUGCCCCAACUACUGUGGCCCCUAAUGCAACAGUUGCCCCUCCAACUGUGGCCCCUAAUGCAACAGCUGCCCCAACUACUGUGGCCCCUAAUGCAACAGCUGCCCCUACUACUGCUCCUCCUGCAACAACUACCACUACAGCUGCUUCCACUGCUGCACCAACGACUUCAACCACCACUGCAUCAACGGAUCCUCCUACAGCCAAUGAGGGAACCCUUGGUCUUCAGUUUAGUCUCAACCAAGCAUUUACAGCUGAUCUCUCCAACCCAUCGUCAGCUGCAUUUAAGGCUUUGGCUGCAACAGUGGUCAGAGAGAUAAACAAAGUGGGUAGAAGGCUGUAUGGAUCAUCUUUCCUUCGCUCCAUUGUUAACUCAUUCAGGAGUGGAUCAGUGAUCACCAACAUGACUCUUGUGUUCCAAGAUAAAAACUCAGUUCCUCCUGCAAGCAAUGCAACUUCACAAUUCAGCAGUGAACUUACGAACAACUCCACUGCCCUGAACGUUGUACCAGGCAGUGUUUCUGCACAAUCAACAUCAACAUCAAACAGUUCCCCUCGGCCCACAGUGUGCUCACUGGCAGUCUUUUCAGUAACACUGCUCACUGUGGCACAGAUGCUCCUAGACUUAUAGCCAGUAUCCAAAUAAGAUACACUGACUUGAGAAAUAGCUUUUACUGGGCUAUCAAGUGUGGAAAAAGGCAAAUACCAAUGAACAAAAAACAAAAGACACAAAUGUGCAUUAUGAAAUUUACCAAUACAAUGUCAUGUGGUAAAAAGACGUGUGCUGUGUGUCAAAGAUUGAGAAAGUUUUUCAGCAUUUUCCACGUUACAAUGAUAUUACAAUUAUCAGUUAUAUCAUAUUUAAUGUACUAAUCACUAAGAUCAAAAAUACCGUAUUUGAUUUCACAUUUUUGUUGUAGUUGCCAUUUUUUGCAUUUGCUUAGUCAAUUCUCCUUUAUAAGCUAUUUUAUAUUGUGGCAUUGUUAACAGUUUAAAAAUGCAAGGUGAUAAUGUACUAAAUAUUUAUUUCAAAGUAAAAGUAUUGUAAGAGUCAGCAGGAAACAGCUUACAUCCAGUGUCACUGUUCAGUGCAAAUGGAGGAAGAAGUGUGAACACAGCGUGGUGCCCAAUGCUAAGGGUGUUAUGGUAAUAUGAUCCUGAUACUGGAGACCAACAAUUCAUGUUCCAACUAUUAAUGUUUGAGCUUUUAAACAUUUUUGAACUAUGAAGAUCAUCUUUGCUGUUUCAUAAAUCUGAACAUUUAGAAUUAGUGGUAUGAUGCAUUUGAUUUAUAUCAGUUUUAUCAUGACUGGUUGGAACUGGAAAAAAAAAACAAAAAAACAAAACAAAAUGUUUUUAAUGUUUGUGAUCAUCACCAAGACUUGGUUUAAAAGAAUUAAA